AUUUAACUAGCUAAAUAGCCAUCAAUUUCAUAUUUAUGUACAAUAUUUUCGAUUUAAACGUUUGUGGAAAUGAUCCGAUUAAUAAUUUAUUGAUACUUUAGAAUAGAAUUCUAUUUUGUUUUAAUCGCAAGUUUUAACACAUUUCUUAUUUUUUGGGAAAACACUUGUUAAAUUAUUUAAAAGAUUUAAAAAUGAAGUCCAAAGAAGGUGCUGAAGAGCAAAGCACCGAAAAUUUAAGUAAUGCUAUGGAGGAGGCGUUAGAUACCGCCAAAAAAGAUGAAACUCCCUUUAAACUAUUAACUUUCUUUAGAACGAAAUCUAAUCAAGAAUCGAAUGAUAAUGAUGAUAAAAUAGAUUCCAAAAAAUCUGACAAUAGCGAUUCAACUCAAACCGAUUCACAAAAUGAACCGAUACAGAUAGAAGUGUUUGAUACUGUGGUUUAUCCAGAUCAAUUGAACCAUUCGAUGUUAUGUACAUUACAUUAUAUGAAAUAUCGUGAGGCUAUAAGGAGAUAUACGGGAGAGUUUAAAAAUUGCCCAUAUGCAGUUUGUAUAGGACAUAUUUUAAUGGUUAUCUGUGUAAUUUUAACCACUUCAUUAGUUUCUCAGCAUUUUGACCCUACAGAUCCCGGUACUAUCCGAGGCGACACACACAAGAGUUGGUACUCUCUAUACAUUAAUAACUUGAAUAACCUGAGUCUUAUUAUAUUUAUCGGUUCCACUGUGUUUUCAAUUAUUAAUUUGUACAUUUGCAUUCAUCCAAACACGUUUUGUAAAAUCGUCAGCCUCAGUAAAAUAACUGUGAAAGUUUACUUCAUACUAUACCCAGUUUUAAUGAUAUAUAAUUACUCCAUGAACUCUUCACUACAGGAAACCUCUGGACAAGAUAAUAUCAGAGCCGUUUUCAACAUCAGAGCCUAUAACAUUUUCGGGAUAUUCUUUUACGACACUUUCUUCCUCACAUUUUACACAGUUUUAAUAUUAUUUUUUAACCUGAUUGCUUUUAUUUAUCGUUUCUUUUACCCACACCUGUUACUCACAAUUAUUAAUGAAGAUGUUAAAACUUUCAAGGUUACAGACUUUGAGGAGAUGACCUUAAACGCGCCGAACAUGGGCGGAACUAAUCUCAAUGUAGGGAAAAUUCCAGCCUAUAAAGUUACUCUUUCCAGAUUCAAGAAACCAAACUCAAUCUACUAUUCAUUCAAAUGUUUUAUUGAUUUUUUACACUUUAAAAAGAGGGGGAGUUAUGACUCAUUUCAAUACGUCGGACAAUUAAAUUCUGAGUUUAAGCCUCAUGGGUUUGGGUUCUGGAACUCACCCAAUUAUCACGGUGAAUUACUCAUGGGUUUCUGGGAAUCAGGCCUACCGUUAUCACCGUUUAAGAGCAGGGAGGUGGGUACGAAUGCGGGAUUUUCGAAUGUGAUUAUUGGUUGGGUUCGAUAUGAGGGCGGUGAGAGUGAUGUUGGAUUAGGAGUAGCUGCAGCUGAAUGUUGUGUUUCAGGCCCAUUUUUCAGGACAUUUCCCCGUAUUUUAAGGUUCUUCACAGUACCUGAAACUGACGGUAAAAGAGGUGGCAGAGUCCUCAAGUACCUAGGCGCCAAUACCUUUUUUAACUAUAAUAAAAUUCAUCUAAUGAAAAAGGAUUCAGCCUCCGAAGAAUCGAAUGAAAUGCUGAAUGUUAUUCUGACACCCAGGAAUAACAAGGGUAAAAAUAAAGAUAAGGGGGACAAGGGCGGUAAUAUAUUAACGAAAAUAUUUACGAACAAGGGUUAUGUAUUUCAUGAGCGUAUGGACAGUAAGUAUUAUUGUACGGAUAGUCAUAUAGUAAUGAGUUUGAAUCAUGUGUCAAAUGACAUAGUUGGGUACAGAUAUGGUAAUGUAGAUUCAUAUCUGAAUGGUAAGAAAAACCCAUACUUUAACGUGCUAAAAAAUGUACACAUCCGUGACAUUUUCCAAGAUAUUAAUGAGUUAUUUGGGAUCAAAGAACCUGGUAUACCCUUGACCACAUUUGUCAACUGUAUGGAAUGUUUAAUAAGCGCUUUAACAUUACAUACGCCUAAUUUUACUCCUCUGGACUCUAGUAAUUUGAACAUCUCAGUCGAUGACAAUAAGGGAAUUAACAUCAAUGGAUAUGUCCAGAACCCUAAAAUUAACCGUGACGGGUUACAGGAAUUUGUUACAGAUUAUUGUAAAUCUGUUAAAAUCAGAUUAAACACCACGAAAUAUGAACAGACACCGUCAAAUAAAGUGGUAAAUUUACCCUCUGACGACAUUGAGAACAAGCUGGGCAGAGUGAAAAAUUAUAAUAUCUUAUCCGUUGAUGGUUGGGUUAGGAAAGAGGAAGUGAGAGCAUUAGAGGCUUGGAUUUAUAUUCAUGGGUUUAAUGUCAAGUGUUCGGAUUCUCUGGGUAUAUUUGCACAGAUUAUAUCAUUUGGAAAUUACCCUCAGUAUAUUAAACCAUUUGUAUUCAGCUGGCCUUCGGGAAAUAAAUUGACACAAUUUAAAGAGGCUAUUGUCUCCAGUACUUGUCCGAAGACUGUUGAUACUUUUAUCCGAAUGUUACAGGCACUUCUGGUGAAUAAUAUUCGGGACGUACACAUCAUGGCACAUUCUAUGGGCGCUACCAUGUUCCUCGGCGCCUUUACACAGAUUUUAAACUCGAAAGAGUAUUCUGAUUUAUUCUUACCACUCAAUGAGCAUCGCAAUUCCGCAAAUCCUAAACUUAAAAUUCUCACCGUCACAUUGCUGAACCCUUUUUAUCCUGUACACGAUUUCAUUCAAAAUGAUUACCCCAAACUGAAACUCUAUUGCAGCCAUAUUACAAUUUAUUCUGAUAUCAAUGAUAAGGCUUUGAAAAUAGCUGAAUUAAUAACGGGUAAGAAGAGAUUGGGCAGGUGUGUGAAUGAGUUAUACACGCUUGAGGAGCCAGUUGACUCCUCGCUGGAGAAGAGAUGCACCCUUGGUAGUAUAAUGUUACCAUUUACUCUCGAGGAAGUUAAAACACUUAAAAAGAACAAGAAACAUAAUAGAGAAAUUAUAGAAACCAGGAAAAAGAAACACUGGCUUGAUGUUGAUGUUAUUGAUACCACAUGCCUAGGAUCAAAUGUACACGCACUCAGACAUUCAUACUGGUUUCUCAAUCGUGAAGUUAUCGAAGACCUUAGAGAUUUGAUAGUGAAUCGUAAGAGAGCACAAGAUAGAACAAGUAGAUUGGAUCGGAGUUUAGGUAAUACUUGGGUUUAUAGAGUAGCUCCUUCUAAUAUGGACACUCUAUUCGAAACUAUUUUUUAAUCCAUAUAAUGUUCAUACCUUAAUCU